CAGUACCAUCGUAUGCACAUCUAAAUUGAAUACACAGAGUGUGUUAACUACUUAAUAUUUAUAAAUGCCGGAACUGAAAUUUUGCAAUUUAAAACAUAAGUACUCUUUGUGUUAGUUAAUUGUAAAAUUAAUUAUUGGAUAGCAAUUUAUUUAUUUUUUCUCUGUGAUUAAUUUUAGUAUAAUAAUACUUAAUUUUGAUUUCUGUGAAAUCGUUUUGAUUUUUUCUUAAUUUUUACUGUAUGUUAAUAUUACAUUUAUUAGUUUUAAUUUGAUAUUUAUUAAAUAAAUAUGUCAAGCUGACUAAUAAAAACUUUAAAUUAUUAUUAUAUGAUAAAAUAAAAUGAGUGUCGCAGCUGUGGGCUUUGCAUUACUUAUUACCAGUGUAUUUAGUUUUGCAUUUUUCUAUCUUAUGAAAUAUGCUUUUCAUACAAGUAGUAACUCACUAUCAAAACCUAUUAGAUCAACAAAAAAAAGAACAACUAAUUCUGUUGUUACCAAACAUGUUUCACGAGGUAACAACAAGCCAACUACAUUAAAAAUUAAGAAAUUAACCGAGACUAAAAGAAACAUUCAGAAAGCUGAUAGAAAACUUAAACAACAAACUAUUAAUUCCAAGACCAAAAGUACCAAAUUGGCGUUGGUAACUACACAAGAAUUAUUACACAAAGAGAAUGAUGAACUAAAAAUUUUAAAACAAUCGCAACCCCUGAAAAUUGUAAAAGAAAAAGUAGAUAAUCAAGAACUAAUGAACACAUUUAUAAAAUCUAACACUUUUUUAACAAAGUCUAUUGUUAGUAAUAAUGUUCCUGAAAUAAAACAAAAGUCUUUAAAUAAAAUGCCUUUAGUUGAAAAAUCAAAUGAUACAGUUAGCAGAAAAAUAAAAUUAUCUGAAUUGAAUCAGAAAAAGAAUAACAAUGAUUUUCUAACUCAAGCUAAACAAAAAUCUAAAGCAUCUUCAUUUAAAAUAAGUGAUUUUGAUUUUGAACAUUUUGAUUUUGAUGACGGUAGUCUUUUAAUCACCAAGUUAAUUGAAAAAUGUGAUCUUUCACGAGAACAAACUCAAUAUGUAUUGGAUACUUUACUUAAUAAACAACAAUCUGUAAAUAUGAAGUCUGGUAGUAUGACUACAGAAUGGGUCAAACCUAGUGAUUCUUCUGAGAAGAAAUUAAAAAAGAAAUUACAAGAAAAUGAAAUUCAACUAAAACAUUUAGAAGAACAGUUAGCUGGAGCUAAUAAAAAAACUGGAGAAUAUCGUGCAGAAUUAAAUACUCAUAUAUCUCGUAUUCGGCUUCUUGAAAAUAAAUUUAAUGAAUUACAAGCUGUUAGAUCAUAUGAAGCUAAAGAGAAAUCUACUAUUAUUGCUGAGCUGGCCAAAUACAAAAAUAAUCUUACUAGUAUAGAAGAACAAUUAAAAAAGUCUAAAUCAACUUUAUCUCUUCAUCAGCAGCAAAGUUUGGAUAUAUUAACUGAGAAAGAUAAACAAAUUAAAGAGUUGCAAAUACAACUUUUAGAAGUUCAAGAAUGUUUAGCUGAUAAAAUUAAAAUUAGUUCUGUUGUACCUAACUCAACUUCUGUAGCGGAAAAUGUGUGCAAUGGAAAUUUAAAGAACACAGUUAUUGAAAGACCUGCAGUAGAAGGACAGGAAUAUAUACCGGGAGAACCUGACAUCUUAAAUAAUGGUGUAAUUGUUAAUUCAAUAGAGUUUGAAACAGUUAAAAAAGAAAACUAUUUUCUGAAAUCUCGCUGUGAUGAUUUGGAAAAAAAAUUAGUCAAUAAGGAAAAACAAAUCAAAGAAUAUUCAAAUGAGGUAAAUGAAUUAAAUAAAAAUGUUGUGGAUUUAGAUAAAAAGUAUCAAGAAGAAAUAAAAUUGCUUAGAGUAGAAAAGAAAUCUUAUGAAGAAAAAAACCAUGAAUUAAGAGCAAAGAAUUUUAAGGUUCUCGAAGCCUUAAAACAAACAGAACGUGCCUUGGAAGCUAAAAUUAAAUCAGAACAAGAUAGAAAACUUCGAGAUGAUUCUAAGUAUAGUUUUAAGCGUGCACGGCAAUUAUUACGCCGUCAGUUAUUACCACAAGACUCAGAUUCAGAUGAAUCAUCAGAUAAAGAAACUAUGAAUGAUGAAGAUGAUGAAAAAUGGUCACAAGCAUUUGCUAAAAAAGUUCUUAGAUAUUAUGAGAAUCAACAAAAAUCUAUUAAAAUGAAACAUGUUGUGAAUAAUCAACAAUCAUUAGAUCAACAAAAUAGACAUGAUAUUGUCUUAAGCCUGGAACAACAAAAUGAUAAAUUGCACAGAAUGGUCACUCACUACAAAAGCAUAAUAUCUGAUACAGAAACAAUGUUAAGCCAACUACAUAAACAUGUUGAAAAUGAAGAAUCGCGAUGGUGUGAUCAACUAUUAGAAUUACAACAGCAAUUGGAUAAAGCUAAUGCUGAACUACAAAGGCGCAAGGAUGAAGAAUCAUCUUUGAAUACUACAAUGAAUUCUUCUAUAUCGUCUUUAUGAAACUUAAAAAACCUAAUUAUAUUUACUUGUAAGGCCAAUCAACAGAUGAAUCUUUGCGGCAUUAUUACAUUUUUUCCGUCCAAACAAUAAAAAUAUCAAAGCAAAUAUACAGUAAAAUAAUUGACAAUAAACUACAUCAUACUUCAUGCUGCAAAAUGAUAUUUUGUUUAGGAUAGUGUCACAUUACUUUUGUAGUUACCCAAUUUUUAUGGGAUAUUUUUUCUACAUUGACAAUAAUUAUUCAAUAUAUUUAUAUUUUUAUAAUUAUCUAUGUAUUAAUGAAAUCUGAUGUAGUGUUUUUUUUUUUUUUUAAUUUAAAACAUGAAUGGGUAAAUUGUUGAGUUUGUUUUUUGGAAGAAAAAACAAAAAUAUUGGGAAAUAAUUAAAAUUUAGAUUUUUUCUUUAUUUAAUUCCAAUUAAUUAAUCAAAUAUUAUUUUGCACAAAUAUUAUUAUAAUUAUUAUUACCAUCGUUGAUUUAUUAAAUUAUUUAUUAUUACUAAAUACAUGGUAAAUCUAUUUUGGUUGUGCCACGUAUUGCAUAUUUAUUAUAUUAUUUUUACUUACACUAAUAAUCGUUUAAAUAUUAUACUUAUUUUAUUAGGUUGUACAUAAAUAUUAUUAUUUAUUAUUCUAUAUUAAAUAUUCAAGUUUAUUUAUA